UGAAUAAUGUCUGGCAUAUUUUUCUCCGGCUUCGGCGCCGACGACGAGCAGCCUGUGGCGCUCUCGUACAAUGCCAUCCUCACUGCUAUGCUCGAAAUCCGGCAGCGAGCUGCGGCCCGUACCAGCCAAGGAACUUCCGCACGAGACGAGCAGGAAGGCCAGGGGGCCGGUCAAGAGGCUAUGAAUCUAGACGGGGACCAUGACAUCAACCGCAUUCUCGCUGAGCUUAUUCGAGAUGGGACCAUGACUGUGGAGGAAGAUGACGGUGAUCAAGACUACGUGGACGUGGAUGAAGGUGAGGAAGGUGAAGAGGACGACGAGAUAGAGAUAGAAGAGGACGAGGAAGAGGACGAAGAAGGCGACGGCCCCCCAGGUUAUCGUAUUGUCCAAAGUCAUCCACCGCCGUUACCUCGAUCCCACUGGAAGAAGGAAGUGACAGAGCCGAAACAAGCGGGGCUUAACCUGCUCUACAGCGGAGAGUUUGGUAGGAUUCAUCAUCAGAUACGCUCGCGAAACAAAGCAGGAAACGCUGCAAAGUUCCUGCUUAGCCGGAGCUCGACAAUUCGACCACCUCCGCGGGAGGACUUUGCGACGGAUAUCAUACCGAAUACAGAUGGUACUGCUGUGGCUAGCUAUUAUGCGAACGCCUAUGUUGGUCAAUACUCCUCAGACUCUUCAUUUUACUACACGUGUGUCAGAGAUUUCCGAUUGCAUGUGUAUGAUACAACUGCUCCCAUCGUGCCGAGGAGCCCCACCGCUCGCGCCUCGCAACGAUUGCGAGGCGGGCUAUUCGCACACGAUCAUGAUUCAUGCAUGAAGGUGAUUAAGACCAUUCAAGCGCAGCCUGGAGGGUGGACAAUCACGGAUUCUCAUCUGAGUCCGGACAACCAAAGAAUGAUAUAUGCGUCUGUGUCCAAUGUGGUCUACAUGGCGUCAACCCUGGACGCAUCCGCUGUGCAGGUACCCAUCAACUUCGCAGACCCUCCGCGCCCAGACGGUCGUUAUGGAUAUGAGGAUCAUUAUGGUGUCUGGAGUUGCAAGUUUUCUGCCGAUGGCAAUGAAGUCAUAGCCGGGGGCACUGAAAUGGUCUUUGUAUAUGACCUAUUGGCGGAAAAGCGAACGGUGAAGAUCAAAGCUCAUGAGGACGACAUCAAUAGCUGUUGCUGGGCAGAUACUGCGUCCGGUAACGUUCUUGUGAGCGCCUCCGACGACACUUUCCUCAAAGUCUGGGACCGUCGGUCUCUGGGCUCGUCACCAAAGCCUUCUGGCGUUCUUAUUGGACACACGGAAGGCAUAACGUACGUUUCUGCCAAGGGCGAUGGCCGUUAUGUUAUCUCGAACGGCAAGGAUCAAGCGCUGCGGCUCUGGGAUCUCCGCAAGAUGCGUACCAACCUGGAGUUUGAGCAAGUGAAGGGGGGCCACUAUGGCAUACCCAACUUUGACUAUCGUCGCGCCACGUAUCCUAAAGCGAGAUACAAAGCGCACCCGAUGGACUGCAGCGUCAUGCAAUACACGGGCCACGAAGUCCUCCGGACCCUCAUUCGUUGUCACUUCAGCCCUGCGGAGACGACCGGCCAGCAGUACAUCUACUCUGGCGGCGCAGACGGGCGCAUUCACAUUUGGUCACUUGACGGGCAAGUCGUACAAGUCUUGGAUCGCGCCGGGACACUGCCCAUGUCGUUCCAUCCGUCAGAACCGCAAACGGUCUCACAGCGGCAAGCUCAUCGCAGAGUCUGUGUGCGAGACGUCAGCUGGCACUCUCAGCAACCCAUCCUGAUGAGUGCAGGAUGGCUAGGCGGAGGCUGGGGUACCAAUGAAUCCAGUGUUAUCGCCCGACACGAAUGGAAGGGCCUUUCGAAGAUGCACUAUUCGCUCGAAGACUACGUUGAAAAACAGAAGUCGGAGCGGACGGAGCGUACCCAGCGACGUAGUGCAGCACGGGCCAUGCCCGGCUCAUUCCGUAUCGAGACAGAUGACGAAGAAUAACAUGGAUAAGUUCUUUGAUCGACGUACAGUCUCGUGCCUGUAUCAGUAGCAGUAGACCCGACUGUUGUAUAGUAUCUUCG